AUGGGUCUCGGAAACCACCUUCGUCGGCCGGGAAACUCGGGGAACCCCGGCCCCAAGCAGCUGCGGGCCACGCCCUCGCCUGCACCCGGGUCCCCGCCUCGCGGCCGCACCCGCGCAGCACAGGGCCGCUGCCUUCCCCACGCGGCCGAGUCCACGCGAGCGGGAAGCCCGGGAGCUGAGCCCCCGGGGUGCAGGGCUAAGUCGACGCCCUCGGGGCCGAGGCUGCGGCGGGCGGGCGCACCCCGGAGGCCGACGCCCCGCAGCGCCGGCCACACCCGCCCGCAGCUCCGUCCAGACCCGGCCUUGCCAGCCCCCCGGGACCGGGCGCACGACCCCGGCCUUCCCGCACUCGGACCCUCCGGGGACUCCGCUCACCUGGGCCGUGCCGACCGAGCGGACCGAGCUAACGUCCGGGGCGAGCAGGGCCGCCUGCCGGGUGGGGCUUUAUACCCGCGGCUCCGCCCCGCCCGCCCGCCCGCCCUGCUCCCACCCGGGUCCGCGUGA